UCGACUAACUGCAGAAAGAGCAGACGUCUCAACAUGGCUUCUAUUGGUCAAAGCUUGGUUGUCCUCCUGUGUUUUGUUCAGUCAGGAACAGCCAUUCAGUGUCUUCUCUGCCAGUCACCUGGUUACAACUUGGACUCCAUUUCACAAAACCUUUACCGGAAUUACGACCGGCGAUGUGAAGACAACCCCUCUGCGGCGACAAGCUUUGGAGAGUGCAGUGGGUCCUGUUACUAUCUGAGGGUCACCCAGUCUUUAACAAAGACGGACAGCGACUCCACUGUUAACUCACGUGACUGGGUUCGCGGUUGCUUAGCAACGACCAGUGUCGAGGAAGGGUGUAUGAAUCUGACCUUGGCUAAUCUGGAGGACAUUCAGAACAUCCUCCCGAACAGUGUAUCCACUGUGACCGCCAUGGAGGGACGCCUGUGUGUGUGUAACUCAGACCGAUGUAAUGUCGAUACCACGAGUCUUGCGACAUUACCACAAGUUCCAGCAGUGCAAUGCCCCAAAUGUGAGCACAUGGAAUAUACCUCCAGUGACUUCAUGGUACAAUUAUUCCUAGGACUUCUUGGUAACUGGUUUCUGGGGGAAACGGACCAAAAGUGUGUGUCGAGUCCAUCCCAGACAAAGACUGUCAGCUGCCGCGGGUCCUGUCUGAGCUCUGUGGGCGAUGUGACGAUGUCUGUGACAUUGGUGACCGUCACUAUGAAGCUAACGGAGCGGUUAUGCUCUGCUAGUAAAUCAGCUGACGGAUGUUCAAGACUGACAGACAGUGACGCAGCCAUGACUGGGUUGUUUACAUUAGAUUCCUUAACUGACUUCGGCCUGCAGAGUCAUACCACAUCAGCCGAGGUCUGCACAUGUAACCAGGAUGGAUGUACCAGACCAAUGACAACAGUUUCUGGUGCAUCUACGACCACGACCACGCCCACAAAAACCACGCCCUUUAGUAUCACACCAACAAAAGUGACACCUGACAACCAUGUGUCUACCAAGACGACCACGCCCCAUUCUACUAAUAAGCCUGAGCACUAUGAAAGCUCACCAGCCACAGCUAAGUCCAGAAAACCCACACAUUCCACGACAACUCAUUCUUCGAGGUCUACCACGCUAAUUAAAGAUGCCGGUUCAAGUGCCGUUACUGCUACACACAAGCCUCAAACUUCAAGCAGCCGCGGCGUGUUCAAUCUGGAACUGUUGCUAACCACCCUAAUGGCUGCCACGUACUGCAUGUUAUGGUGUUUGUAUUAAGACGGCAAUCGGUUUCAAUUAUAGCAUAUAUAUAUAU